AUGCCAUCGAACCUUUCUACUACUCUAUUGGACGAUAUUGCUCGAUUAUACAUUGAUGCUGAUGAUUAUAACGUCAUUAUCACUGCUGGACAAGGUGAUGAUGCUAAAGUUUUUAGAGCGCACACUGUGAUUUUACGAUCGAGAUCUUCUUAUUUCAGAGUUGCAUUAUCGUCUAAUUGGGCCAAGAAAAUACCAUCACAGUAUAAUCACGGAUUUCACACUCAAUGUGACGCAUUAUAUUUUAAUAAACCUAAUAUUUCACCAAAGGUUUUUGAGAUUGUCUUAAAAUACAUCUACACUGGGACAUGUUCCCUCGAAGCAAAUGAUAUUCUUCUUGAUAUAUUAAUCGCCUCAGAUGAAUUUGGACUCUUUGAAUUAGUCAAUUACGUGCAGGAAUAUAUUAUUUCUGACGAAACCGGGUGGUUGCACAAGAAUUUUGUCAAAGUCUUUAAAGUUGCAUUGAGGCAUGAUGAAUUUCAUCUACUUCGAGAGCAUUGUGGAGAACUUAUCAGAUUUAAUGGCUUACAUGCGGCUCUUGUCUCUAAUUGGAUUAAUCAUGAAGAUAACGAAAUACCAACCACAAGUUCAAAUAUCCCUUAUAAAUUUAAACUUUUACUUCGUGGUAGUAGGGACGGUAGGAAUGUUGUAACUUUUCAUGAGCUUUGCGAUUUUAAAGGUGCCACAAUAGUUUUGAUUAAAGUUAUGGAAACGGGUGAACUUAUUGGCGGAUAUAACCCAAAUUCUUGGACAUCAUCAGAUAGAUAUAUUCGAACUACUGAAAGUUUCAUAUUCUCUCUUGGAAAUAAUAUGCAGGAUCCAAGCAAUUAUGUUUUGAGUAGGGUUAGGUUUGCUGAAUUUGCAAUCAGAGAUUCUUCGUCAGUUAACACAUCUAUCGGAUUUGGAAACGACUUUUGGUGGUUCGAAGGAAAAUGUAUGCAUUUUAAUUAUAACAAAAAAAUACUUGAUACGCGACAAUUUUUUUCUAUGGAAGAUUAUGAGGUAUUUCAAGUUGUCAAGAAUGAAUGA